GAACUCCCUCCCUUCCCAGGGUUCGCCUAGAAAGCGCAGCGCACGCCGUGACUGAAAAUGAGCCUCGGUGGCCACCGUUCGCAAGUUUUGUGUACGUCACUGUUAUGCGGCGGUUUACAGGGACUUUGUUGCUUUUGUCGCUUCGCUGCUUCACUCAAGAUCGAGAAGAAGGUGGUUUCACUUCAAAGCUAAUUUAAGGAUACUCUUUGAGUUCUGUGGAAGGGAGGGAGGGAGGGAGGGAGGGAGGGAGGGAGGAAGGAAGGAAGGAAGGAAGGAAGGAAGGAAGGAAGGAAGGAAGGAAGGCGAUAUCGGCCAGAGGGCUUGUUUCUUCCCUCCUCGGUUUUAUCCCUCGCUUGUCGCUACUAUGAAGCCCCCGUCGAGGCGGCGCUCUGCUCCUGCUCGCUACGACCUAGGCCUCACCGCUCAGGUUUGGACCGACCGAGAAAAGCGACGCUUGCUUCGGGCUUUGAGAGCCCAAGCUCAAGCACCGGGUCCCUUGCGGCCGGAGCUGCUGAAGAAGUACUUGCCUUCAAGGAGUGAAGCCGAGAUCAUGGAGUUUGUGGAUCUACUGAAAGAGCGUGUGGCAAAAGAAGCCGUCAAGGCAGAAUAUCGACACCGCCAGCGUAAACAGAAGGAUGCCCCUAUUCCAGCACCUAUUGAGGUGUGGACUGAGUUGGCGGAAAAAAUGACAGGAUGCCUUGAAGAUGCUGUAACAGCUGCUUUUUCCCAGGUUUUGACGAUUGCAUCUACUGAGCCACUCUGCUUACUCCAUUCUGUGCCCCCAAAGCCUGUGGAAGUUAAAACCACUAGAUGUUCAUCACCAACUGUUCAUAACAAGAAUAAAUCAAAUGAAAAAGCUCAGGAAGCAGUUGUAUCAUCAAAUGGAGAAUUAACCCCUGUGGAAAAUAGUGAAUUUCAGGUAGACUUCGAAAAGAUUUACAAGUAUCUCUCAGUGAUCUCACGUGGAUCUAAAGCACCAGAACUUCCACCAGGUGAAUCAGCUGUGCUCCUAGACUUGUUACUAUCACUACCAGAAGAGUUGAAGUGUCUGGAUUUUAAAAAAUUGAAGAGUCAUAUGUUCAAAUGCUAUAGAGAGUUAAAUGCAUGCUACACAGGCAAGAAAAACAGAACACAAACAGGGUCCAGCCAGUCUGUAAACAGUGGCAGAGGCCAACAUGAUAUACUUUUCCAUAUCCACCCAGACAGCAGCUACUUCCAACAAGAGGGUGCUAGUUCUCUUGCUUCUUCCAAAGACGAUAAAGCACCAUCAUCUGCAAUCAACUGGAAAACUCUGGGGAUCUGUCCUUUGAAUUCAUUUAUGUUCCCAUUGGAUCUUUUGACAUGUAAAGGAGAUGCUGUUGAGUGAAGGGAACUCCAUUCUGUGCUACCAUGUGCCUUCAACAGACUUUUCACAGGUGUUCUGAAAAAUAUUUAUUACUGCAAGGACCAGGCUUAGCCUACUUGUUUUAGCUGUUAUGGGAGCAUUGGAUUCAACUAGCAUGUCCUGCAUUUUACACCCUUGUUUAAUGUUAAUAAACACAGUUCAGUCAU